AUCAGCUGUUCAUGCAAAUUGUUUAUUUCGCUUGGAAGCUAUUCCUUCGCUUAAUUAUUACAAUUCUCUUCAUUAUGUUCUUAUCUGUCGUUCUUUGUUGACGCAUUUGGAAACGUAUACAAAAUUCUAACAUUUAGAAAAGUGAUGUAAACUAAUGAACGGACAGAGAAGAGCCGCAAUUGUAUGUGAAAAAGUGUACACGCGUCAAAGGCUCAUCGGCGAACAGAUGUAUUAAGUUUCGGUUAGAAAAGUAAAAUAAAAUUCGUAUUACCAUACGCCGUAUAAAAUUGUAAUAAAGAUACAAAACAUAAGCGCUGAAUUUUUGGUGGACGCAGCAGGUGGGCGUAUGGUACACGCGUGGUGUAAAUUUGACUCGGUGUUAAAAUGGUUUUCUUUUGCGAUUGCUUCAACGGUGGCUAUCAACAGAUAGAUGCGGCCAGACAAGGAUCACGUCUAGGAGUACGACAUCUGCAAUGCUUCCUUGCCUUUUGCGGGCUGGCAAUCGCUUAUGCUUUGCGUGUUAAUCUCUCUGUGGCUAUAGUGGCGAUGACAGAUCGGAAUGGAACAAAUCCUGCAUUUGAAGAAUACGAUUGGGAUGAAAGCGUUAAAUCUUAUCUUCUCAGCAGUUUCUUUUGGGGCUAUGUGGUAACACAAGUGCCUGGUGGUUAUCUCGCUCAUCACUAUGGUGCAAAAUAUACUUUCCUUUUUGGUGUUCUCAUUUGCUCUUGCCUCGCUAUUUUGACACCCGUUUGUGCCAGAAUAGGAGAUUGGCCUUUGGUGCUAGCGCUGCGUGCCACUCAAGGUCUAUCACAGGGCAUGAUCUUCCCAUCGACUCACACAUUCCUCUCAAAGUGGGCACCAGCUGAGGAACGUGCUCGGCUUGUUAGCUACUGUUAUUCCGGUUCGCAAUUCGGCACCGUGGUUAUGCUUUUCGUUAGUGGUUACAUAGCAUCUUCAUGGCUUGGCUGGCCUAGUAUAUUUUAUCUGUCCGGUAUCGUGGGCAUUUUAUGGUCAUGCGUUUGGUUUUACUACAGCUCUAGCACACCAAAUGAACAUCCAUCGAUUAGCGUAGCCGAGUUACGGUACAUUGAGUCAUCAGGUCAAACACGUCGUCCUUCGGAUGCUGGGCGCACUUCACAUGUUCAAACUCAGGCGCACAAAGUGCCGUGGGCUAAAAUGUUCACUUCGCCGCCAUUUCUCACGCUAAUUUUCGUGCAUUCUGCAAAUAAUUGGGGGUUUUGGACUUUACUCACCGAAAUACCGACAUACUUGAAAAAUAUACUCGGCGUGGAUAUACGCAAUAAUGGACCUCUCUCAGCGCUGCCAUACCUUGCGAUGUGCCUGCUCUCAUAUGGUGCUCUAUUCUGA